AUGUGCUCUGAGGUCCACUGUGACAACAGGAUAUACAGACCCCCUACAAAAACUAGUGUAUCCUUGGCACUAGUGUAGAAAAAAUACAAGCCUUACUUCUGAGGUAGGUGGGACGUUUGCAGGGCUGUACACCUCACACAGUGACACACAGAAGAACAUUCCAGAGGAGAGUGAAUGCAUUCAAACAUCAGCCUGAAGAUGGAGAAAUCAAUCAGUGCAACAAUACCUAAACAUUUGAACUGCUUGCAUCCUUAUAUUCAGAUUAUUCAAUUAUGGUAUUGGUAGUGUGAGGGAAAAUGUUAAUGUCUGAAGAGAUAAGCCUUGAAUUGUAAACAGCAUCUCCUCUCACUCUAUCUUGGAAGGAUGCCUUGGGUGUAUGUCUGGAUGAGAGAAGACCAGCCAUGCCCCGUUGUACUUUCCAAUUCCUUGCCAAAUUGUCACAUGGUCAAGACCAUGUGUCAAAAGGAGGGAUGGUGGAUCUUGCAAAUAAAUAUAUGUGUAAAGUAGGUGGAUCUUGUAAAUAAAUAUUGGUUUACAGUAGGUUUUGCUAUGUUUGCAGAAAAUGCAUCUGGUGGUGGUGUUGUACAAUGUUUGAUUUGCAUGACUAACAAUGUACUGAAGAGUAUUUCCAGAGAACAGGUUGUCCCUGCAAGGAAUGGAGGAAGACAUGGUUGAGUAUUUUGUCACCCUUAACAGUGUUCUUAAGACUCUUUCCCCCGGGUGAAGGUGUUUUUGCCGAACCUGGCAGGUGGAGAUGAGUACUAUUUGAACCCAGGUGAUUUUGUGGUGGUCAAAUACUUCAGGAGAAAGAGCUGGAAGGACCCCCAUUGGAGAGGGCCGUACCAAGUUCUUCUGACCACCCUCAAUGCGGAAACCUGACAGAGGGUGAGAUGAGUCCUGAGCCAAAGGGACCAACGCAGGCCCAGAAUUAGAUGGUCAUCGGAGAAGGAGAGCCAUGCAGGGCCCUCAUAACUAAGAGGACUGAUGGAAUGGCCACUACCAAGUUUUCUGAUGAGUAUGACUGUCUAAAGGGUUUUGGAAAUAAAGCCACAGACAAAGAUUGGUGCAUUUUCUAUGCUUUUAAAACAGCUUCCAACUCAAAAUAUCAUUGCCAUGUUAAAUCAGAGUCUUCGUCAAGAACUAAAUUAAAUUAACCAGUCACAAUAGGGACGCCCCUCAGGGGAGACAACAUCUUUAAUACAGCAAACCCACUACAGCAGUACACACAGAUAUAAGUAGACCAAUCUGGCCCAAACAUUAUGGUAAACAUACAGGGGAAGGAAAUUCCAAUGUUGGUAGAUACAGGUGCUGAAACGCUUAUGGGAUUUCCUCCACCCCAGUAAUACAUUUUGAAACAAAACCCAUGCCCUAUUCCAUAGGACCACUGAAUGUUGAAAAUGAUUUUCUGUAUUCACCCACCCAACCGUUUAUUUGCUAGGUAGAGACUUGUUAACUAAACUUAAUGCUACAAUUUACUGUACCCCAGAUGGAGUUUUCAUUGAUAUCCCAAACGAUGAGUUAUUAAACCAAUCAGUAAGCAGGCAAAUUGAACCACUCCUCCAGGAGGAGUAGGGGUCUGACACUGCCUCCCAGUCUAUUUUGUCUCAGGUGCCAGAAACCUUAUGGACAGAACAUUCCAAUGAAUGUCGAAUGAUAGGCAAUGCUAGCCCAGUUAUAAUAACUGUUGGUCCCAGAAAUAAACUCUAGUCUCGAGAGCUACCUUAAAAAGGAAGCUCCCUCCAAAGGUUAUCCCUCCCCUUCUGAAUUGGCUGAUGUAUUUCAUAAUUUCGGCGCAAUACAUAUACAUCUCAAAAUAAUAGACAUUUAAUGAGUGUGAAGCAGAAAGUGAAUAUCCAACAGAAAUUGAUCAUACAUUUUAAAAGUAACUUUGUUAGGGUAGACUAUACUGCCAUUUACUUACAGACAUUAUUAUUAUGUUCAUUGACAAGUUGUGUACUGUGUACUGUGGUAUAAACAGUAUCCAGGAUCAGCUCCCCAAUUCCUCCUCUUCAUCCACCAUGCCUCUAGGACUGUAGUGAGAGCUAAACCUCCAUACCCUCACCUCACUGUUAAACUGAACAAAGAGAAGACCCGUGUGGAUCUGGAGAUCUCCUCUGCUGAAGUGACAGACUCUGCUCUGUACUACUGUGCUCUGAUGCCCACAGUGACAGGAAACCCAGAAACACUACAAAAACCUAACAUCGCCUGAGAGAGUAUUUCUACUCUUAAUUUGACAAUAGUGCCAUCAAGUGGAGUCAACAUGCACCCAUUCUAUUGCGUCAAGAGGAGGAUCAUAAUGUUACACUUAACAUGUAAUGAGUGGAACUGAUUCACCCAGAGAGUGAAUGUUCCAAGAGAAGAUCCUUUUACAGAGAGUCUCUGUCUAACACCCAGCGGCUAUGAUGCUGCUCUAUUCAGUCUUGUUUUUGUGUUCACUUGUAGGUAAGAAUUCACUCUCCUUUAACCGAAUGUGUCCUAACAGAAUGUACACUUUUCAGUAUUCAUUACAAUAUGGUAUUAUCAAUAUCAAGUGGUAAUACACUUUGAAACACCAAGUGUGGAUAUACUGUACGCAGUCUACAUUGACUCUGUAAUCCAUGUUGUUAUUUUUUACAGGUACAAGUGUUGAAGCCAUAAUUACUCCAGACAGAGAUGUAGUGGAUGUUCUUUACAUUUUGUACAGGUGAGCCUGUAUUGUUGAUGGUAAUUACUUUUUUUAACUUCUGUCUAUUGAUUUUGUUUCUAAAUUAUCUGUACAGGACAGAUUGCUGGGGAUUACAUUACCCCUGUAAAAAAAAUUUUUUAGGGGGUAGAUCAGCUUUAAUAUUGCAGAUAGAUUGUAACUUCCAUCAAUGUAAUUGUCUGCAUCACUUCCAAUCCCAAAAAAAAUUCUCGCAUAUAUAUAUAUACACAUACAUACAUACAUAUCCUUUCAAAUAUAUAUAUAUUUCCCCUUAUUACUUUCCAACCCCACCAUCCCAUCCCUAAUUUGAGUAAACUAGUGAACCAACAAUGCUAAGGCCUCUACUUCAUGCUUAUACAUUCUAUAUACAGUGGGGAAAAAAGUAUUUAGUCAGCCACCAAUUGUGCAAGUUCUCCCACUUAAAAAGAUGAUUGAGGCCUGUAAUUUUCAUCAUAGGUACACGUCAACUAUGACAGACAAAAUGAUAUUUUUUUUCCCAGAAAAUCACAUUGUAGGAUUUUUAAUGAAUUUAUUUGCAAAUUAUGGUGGAAAAUAAGUAUUUGGUCAAUAACAAAAGUUUCUCAAUACUUUGUUAUAUACCCUUUGUUGGCAAAGACACAGGUCAAACGUUUUCUGUAAGUCUUCACAAGGUUUUCACACACUUUUGCUGGUAUUUUGGCCCAUUCCUCCAUGCAGAUCUCCUCUAGAGCAGUGAUGUUUUGGGGCUGUCGCUGGGCAACACAGACUUUCAACUCCCUCCAAAGAUUUUCUAUGGGGUUGAGAUCUGGAGACUGGCUAGGCCACUCCAGGACCUUGAAAUGCUUCUUACGAAGCCACUCCUUCGUUGCCCGGGUGGUGUGUUUGGGAUCAUUGUCAUGCUGAAAGACCCAGCCACGUUUCAUCUUCAAUGCCCUUGCUGAUGGAAGGAGGUUUUCACUCAAAAUCUCACGAUACAUGGCCCAAUUCAUUCUUUCCUUUACACGGAUCAGUCGUCCUGGUCCCUUUGCAGAAAAGCAGCCCCAAAGCAUGAUGUUUCCACCCCCAUGCUUCACAGUAGGUAUGGUGUUCUUUGGAUGCAACGUAGCAUUCUUUGUCCUCCAAACACGAUGAGUUGAGUUUUUACCAAAAAGUUAUAUUUUGGUUUCAUCUGACCAUAUGACAUUCUCCCAAUACUCUUCUGGAUAAUCCAAAUGCACUCUAGCAAACUUCAGACGGGCCUGGACAUGUACUGGCUUAAGCAGGGGGACACGUCUGGCACUGCAGGAUUUGAGUCCCUGGCGGCGUAGUGUGUUACUGAUGGUAGGCUUUGUUACUUUGGUCCCAGCUCUCUGCAGGUCAUUCACUAGGUCCCCCCGUGUGGUUCUGGGAUUUUUGCAUACCGUUCUUGUGAUCAUUUUGACCCCACGGGGUGAGAUCUUGCGUGGAGCCCCAGAUCGAGGGAGAUUAUCAGUGGUCUUGUAUGUCUUCCAUUUCCUAAUAAUUGCUACCACAGUUGAUUUCUUCAAACCAAGCUGCUUACCUAUUGCAGAUUCAGUCUUCACAGCCUGGUGCAGGUCUACAAUUUUGUUUCUGGUGUCCUUUGACAGCUCUUUGGUCUUGGCCAUAGUGGAGUUUGGAGUGUGACUGUUUGAGGUUGUGGACAGGUGUCUUUUAUACUGAUAACAAGUUCAAACAGGUGCCAUUAAUACAGGUAACGAGUGGAGGACAGAGGAGCCUCUUAAAGAAGAAGUUACAUGUCUGUGAGAGCCAGAAAUCUUGCUUGUUUGUAGGUGACCAAAUACUUAUUUUCCACCAUAAUUUGCAAAUAAAUUCAUUAAAAAUCCUACAAUGUGAUUUUCUGGAUUUUUUUUCUCUCAAUUUGUCUGUCAUAGUUGACGUGUACCUAUGAUGAAAAUUACAGGCCUCUCUCAUCUUUUUAAGUGCACAAAACUUGCACAAUUGGUGGCUGACUAAAUACUUUUUUUCCCCACUGUACAUUUUAUGGACACAGUCAAUAAUUAUAUUUUGUUUGUUUUUACUCCUGAACUUCUUCCGAUCAUUUUCAAUUGAUUUUGUUUCUAUAUUAUCUUUACAGGACAGAUUGCAGGGGAUCACAUUACUCCUGUAAAUCAUGAAGUCAUCAGUACAGAGGGAAAACCUGUGACUCUGAGCUGUAAUUAUGUUUACCUUUACUGGUACCUGCAUUAUUCUAACCAGGCCCCUCAGUUUCUGCUGUAUAGCAACCUGGUCUCAGAUCAUUUCAUAUUAUUCUGUAUGUAAAUCCGAGACACCCAAUUUCGUAUGAUAUGUUACGAAUUACAAUUUGUUUUAUAUGUUACGAAUUUGCAAAAUGUAUGAUAUGUUACGUAUUGUAGUUAGGUGGCUAGCUAGGUUAGGGUUAGGGGUUAGGGUUAAGAUUAGGGUUAAGUUAGGAGUUAGGUUAUUGGGUUAAGGUAAGGGUUAGGGGAAGGGUUAGCUAACAUUCUAAAUCAUUGCAAAGUACCUAAAAAGUAGUAGUAGUAGAAAAUGAUCUAAUUAGCUAAAAUGCUUAAGUUGUCCAUGAUGUGAUUUGAACUCACAACUUUAGGGUUGUUAGACGUUCACGUUAUACGCCCAACCAUCCACCCUGACUAACCACCCUACUUUUGUUAUUGCCUUAAGUAACCAUCUGUCUUAUGUAACCAUACCAAACAUAACAUACCAUACUUAUUUGACUGUCCCGGAUUUACAUUUACUAUGUUACGUCUAGUCUAUGACACCAGGCUGUGUAUAAAGCUGCCAUAUCACAGAGCCGUAGUGAACAUAUCCCUGAUAAGAAAUAUACAUCCGCAACGUCCCGGACAUCAACUGAACUGAUCAUAACACACCUAACCCUGGCAGACUAAUCUCUCUACUACUGUGCUCUCAGUGAUUGUUAUAACCAGUGAUCCAUAAAAGACCCUGUACAAACACCUGCAGAACAAAAUAAACAGGAAUUAUAUUGACCUUUACUUGUACUGGCAUUAUCCUAACCAGGCUCUUCAGUUUCUACUGUAUAAAGGUGCUAGAUCACAGAGUGGUAGUGAACAUGUCCCUGAUAAGAGAUAUACAUCCAAAACGUCUCGGACAUCACCUGAACUGGUUAUAACAAGCCUAACCCUGGCAGACACAGAUCCCUACUACUGUGCUCUCAGGGAAUAUACCCAGUGAUACAACGUCUAUAAAACCCUAUACAAGAACCUGCAGACCAAAAAUGCUGUGAUUAAGCAGGGAUACAAAUGUAACAUCAAACCACACAUUGAUCUCAUAAUGUCAGAGGUUGAGAUCAGAGAAUGUGGUCACAUCAGUGCUGUCUGUGUGCAAUCACCAGGAGGUCUAGUGUUUCUCUGUCUUCAUAUCAGUAGUCUUGAAUUCCACCUAGACAGAUAUUUUGAUAUCGGUUGGAAAAGCACUUGGGAAUAUGACAAAGUGCAAAAAUAUUAUUGUUUGUAGUUACUCCUCACAAUUCACACUGCUUGGUGGUGUAGUAUGACAGUCAACCUGAGGGGGCAACCUAACAAAGAACACACACCUGAAUCAGAGGAUGCCAUACAGACAGACACCUCCCCAUGGUCUACUACUGCAUGUAAUACAGAACAACAUGAAGCAUCAACAGUAGGACAGAGGGUGUCAAAGCUCUGUGAUAGAUAGAUCAGCAUUGUUCUGCUCCUUACCUUUUACACUUCAAACUGACUGACUAGUCAUGAGAAACUGGCUGAUCCUGCAUGUUCUGGCUGCAUGCUGCUUUGGUAUAACAUCACUUUGUUCAUCUGUCUCUUUCUGUGCAUUUGUUCAUUAUAUUUAGAUACAUUAUUAUUAUAUGUUGUGAAGAUAUAUUUAUCUUUCUUUUCAGGGUGCAGAGCAGAAGAGAAUGUAACACAGCCAACAGAAGAUGUAAUGGUCUUAGAAGGACAACCAAAAACACUCACUUGUCUAUUCAUUACAACUGAUCAAUCACCAUAUCUCUUUUGGUACAAACAACAAGCAAAUGGCAAGCCCAUAUUUAUGCUGAGAAGGGAUACAUUUUCACCUGGGGAAGCUGCUACUGAGUUCAAGGACAGAUUUGAUGCCCGUCUAAAUUUCACAGCAAAAUCAGUCCCCUUGAUGAUCCAGAGGGUGCAGCUGUCUGACUCUGCUGUGUACUACUGUGCUCUGAGGUCCACUGUGACAACAGGAGAUACAGCCCCCUUACAAAAACUAUAGGUUUCAAAUGUGUCCAUAGAUGCAUACGGUACCACUGAAAAGUUGGGACCAAAGCACUAUAUGUAUUUCAAUAUACUUUAUGUACAGUAGUAGACCUGAAUUAGAUACUCUGUAGGAGACAUGAGUGUUUGUACCUGAAUUAUAAUAGAGUAUGUGUACUUUCCCCCCCCCAAAAAAAAUAAUAAUAAAUAAAUAAAAAUAUGUUCAUCAUACUCACUUCAUGGAACAUUUAUGUAAUUGACAAUUGCUUUAAGCUACUUUUCAUUUCUUGUGAGCUAGAUGUAAGCUUUUCACUUUGGCUAAUGUACUGCAAAGAGUGCUUAUAUCUAACCUGAGACCCCUAGAACCUGAGUCUGAAUAGAUCUUACCUCCCAUCCAUUAUAUUCCCUUAUUUAAAUAUGAAAGGUAUUUGCUUGUUCAACUACCAGUGACCACAUUUUAUAUUUGGAAAUAAAGUAAAUAUAUCAUGAAUAUCAGAAAUGUCAUAUGACUUAACGUUCUAAAUAUUCUCUCAUUGAAAUGCCAUUGAUGAUAUCUUUACUGUCAUUUAGUAAACCAAACCUUCAUCACUACCACCUAACUUCCUUAAGAGCCAUCAUUGAAUGGGUUUUAUGUCAAAGGGAGGAGCUACAGAAAUGAUCCUGUUCAAACUAUACAUAUAAUUACGGGAGACAUAUUGUUGUGAAUUAUUUGGUCCCGCAUAUACAGUAGAAGAAUAUGAAUUGAAUAUGUGUCUGUUUUCAAACAUUUAUUUUCAAAUAAGUUAAUCAUACUCACUUCAUACAAUAUUUAUGUCAUUGUCAAUACUUACCAUAUUAUUUUAGCUAGACGUAGGCGUUUCACUCUGUCUCUAAUGUACUGCAAUGAGUGCUAAUAUAAUACUGACGAGGUAAUAUUGACCCAUACAUUUUUAUACAGUCUUACCCCUCUCUGAACAGGCUCCUCCUUCAUGUCUGUCAGUUGAUGGUGAUAUACAGGCUGAGAUGGACAUGGAAGAGAGAGAGAGGAUCUCUACCUCUUACUGUAACUCACAGUCACUCUCUGUGUGUUCUUCAUAACCAUGGUACUCUGUCUGAUCAUCUGGCUGGUUCUUGCUGUACUGUGCUUCGGUAAGAUGGAACCAUUUCGUCAUCUAUCUAAUUUUCCUUUUUUAAAUCUUUCAUUGUCACUCACUUUAUAUUUUUUUGUCUUCUAGAGUGCUCAGGAGACCAUGUUCAACAGCAACCAGGAGGUGUGAUUGCUACAGAAGGAGGACUGGUAACACUGAGUUGUCAAUAUAACACCAGUGAUACUAAUGCAUAUCUUUAUUGGUACAAACAAGAAUCAAAUGACUUCCCUAAAUAUAUGCUGAGCCGUUAUUCUUAUGGAUCUGGAGACAAUGCUGCAGGGUUCAAGGAGAGAUUUGAUGCCAUUCUAAAUGCCAAGACACAAUCAGUCCCCUUGAUGAUCCAGGGGUUGCAGCUGUCUGACUCUGCUGUGUACUACUGUGCUCUGAGGCCCACAGUGACAACAGGAUAUACAGCCCCCUUACAAAAACACUGUGUGUGCACGUGGGUGUGUGUCACGUACUUUUUGUUGUGUGCCAUUUUUUAAGUCAAGGGGAGGUGUUACAUAAUUGAGGCAGAGGAAAGGAAAUGACAGUGAGAAACCAGGGUAGGCAUUCUGUCAUAACUAUACUUUCACUGUGUUAAAUAACACUUACCAGAAUGAUACUGGGAUAAAUUUAAUAUUUGCUCUAGUUGGUGAGUUUUAUGCUAUUCUUCAUAUCCAAUCACUAAUUUUAAAAGUUAUCAUUACCUUGUAUAGAUAAAACACACCUACACUGAAAAUGAACACUUCAAUAUUUUAAAUUAACAACACAAGAAUAUGUUGAUUAAAAUGUUGAAUGGAAAAGUGAGAGAAACCCAAUAAUGCUGUCUGAUCGUUUUGCUGAUUUAUACUUUAGAUUUUAUAUUUAAAUAUGAAACCAAAAUAAACUGUGAAAAUGAAUGCCUCAUGUUGAAUAGAUGAAUUAUCUAACAGAUCGUCCCUUCAAGCAAUGUUUUCCCCCUAUGACAUCACAGUAGACAGGACAGAUCCUUCUGCCAACUCUGUUGACCUAAAAUCAAGAAAGUAAAUGGGGAUAAAUAACACAGUUUUAUCCAAUAUCCAAUAGAGGGAGACUAAGGUAAUCAUAUUUCAGUGCAGCCCUGCAUUUUGAGGAUGUGAAAGUGGCAUCAAGCUGCAGCAAGAAGUCUGCUGUUACUUCUGCUCAUCUGACAACUCUCUGUAUUUUGGGGUGGGGGUUCAAAGGUCUGAGAACAGAUGGUCCCUUCAAAACUAGAGGAGGAGGAUGUUUUUUAGUAUACACAUAUCUUGCUGUGCUGUGUUUUAUCAUUUUAACUUCCAGUUUCAGCCACAAUGUCAAUACCCACAUUUAUUUUGCUUUUAGUACUUGCAUGUAAGUAAUCUAAUUAAUUGUUUUAUGUUGAAUCUAAACUAAUUGUUGAUGUGUCGAAAAAAAAAAAUCUCUCUUCAAUGGUAUCUCCAGGACCCUGGAUCAGCACCUCAGUAUAUCCUGCUUAUCCUGCAUGGUGUUGGGUCUCCAUCACGGGCUCCAGGUCUGGCUCCUCGACUGUCAGUCAAACUAA